AGCAGACGCGUGUCCCAUUACAGCUGUAUCCCAAAUCCCAAGCCAACCGCUUCCCUGGAAGAAGCGGUACCGAUUGCCCAUAACGCUCGCUGACAACUCCAAAACCUAACUUGCCAAAUCGGUGUCCUUUCACCCUCUCCCUCUCACAUAUAAGGAAUUGGAGGAAGCAAAUACUCCACGCCACAGGAGCCUCUCCUUCGUCUCUCUCCUUCUUGUUCCUCACGACCAAAACAUAUUUAUGAACCCAGGCGUUGUUGUGUCCAGAAAGGACAUGGACCGGAUCAAAGGCCCAUGGAGCCCCGAGGAGGACGAUGCUCUGCAGAACCUGGUGGAGAAGCACGGGCCCAGGAACUGGUCCCUCAUCAGUAAGUCCAUCCCUGGCCGCUCCGGCAAGUCCUGCAGGCUUCGCUGGUGCAAUCAGCUCUCCCCUCAGGUCGAGCACCGGGCCUUCACGCCCGAAGAAGACGACACCAUAGUCAGGGCCCAUGCUCGCUUCGGGAACAAAUGGGCCACCAUAGCCCGCUUGCUCCAGGGCAGAACCGACAACGCAAUCAAGAACCACUGGAACUCCACCCUGAAGCGCAAGUGCACCUCAUCCAUCAUGGACGACCACCUUCCACCGCUUAAGAGGUCCGUCAGCGCCGGUGCGGCCAUCCCGGCCAUCCCCGUCUCCACGGGACUCUACAUCAACCCUCCCACACCCGGUAGCCCCUCCGGAUCCGAUGUGAGCGAGUCCAGCGUGCCGGUUGCAUCCCCCUCACACGUCUUCCGUCCUGUGCCUAGGACUGCUGCGGUUUUACCGCCAGUAGAAACCACCUCCUCCUCCAAUGACCCUCCUACUUCCCUUUCCCUGUCCCUUCCCGGUGUUGACUCUUCUGAGGUCUCAAAUCGGGUAACCGAGUCAGCCCACCCUGUACCACCGCCACAGCCGUCGAACACCAUCCCUUUGCUGCCAAUGAUGACUGCUGUUGUGCCCCAGUUGAAGCCACCGGGAUUGGGGGCUUUCAAUCUAAGUGCAGAGUUUUUGGGGGUGAUGCAGGAAAUGAUAAGGAAUGAGGUGAGGAGUUAUAUGGAGCGGCAGAAUCCGAAUGGGAUGUGUUUUCAGGCAGCCGAUGAUGGGUUUAGGAAUGCUUCCGUCAAGCGAAUUGGGAUUAGCAGGGUGGACUCGUAAAUAUGAUCAGAGCAUAGUUGGGAUGAGAGAAAAUGCUGGUUUGCUCCUCUCCAAAUGGGAAAAAAAGAAGCAGCUUUUAAUUUUUUAUCCUGUCUUUUUUUAUCAUCAAAGUUUCUAGGAAAUAAUUUUGGUCAAUGUACAGUAAGAGAACUCGAUCCAUAAGCAGAAGCAGCGAAGAUGCGGAGAUACAUAGAUUCUAAACGAGUCUGAGAAAUUUCUGUAACUAUUUUUAUCUUCUCUUGGUCCUGUUCUCCAGUGAAACAAAAACAAAAAAACAAUCUUAGAAUAAACAAAAUCCUUCAAAUCUA